GGCAGUAGCGGUGUGUGGGCGCACCAAUCAUGGGGGACAAGAAUGGCUGGGAUCAAAGUCAGUUGCGAAAAUACGACAUUCCCUUGGAUGAAAUACCAAGGCUCGACGUAAAUGAUCCACUAGUCGACAAGUACAUAUCGGAAAAUAAACCGGUUGUUAUAACGGGAACAAAUUUGGUCGGCUCAGCAGAGAAAUGGGAUUUACAAUACUUGGAAAAACAUAUGGGUGUUGCAGACCACACGGUCUUUCUUUCUCGCAACCACAAAUUCAAGUAUUUCGAUGACAAAAAGGUCCCACAUGGUGCGAAUGAAGGAAAAAUAGACUUUACGCCUCCAACACGGCGGCUUGACAUGAAAUUUCCUGAAUUUUGCCGGCGCCUCAAAGACUGGAAGAGAGGAGAGGAAAGGAUGUACCUCCAGCAAGCACUGAAUAGUUCUGUUGGUCAAGCAAUAGUUCAUGACUUUCUUAACUUCAACUGGGACUGGAUCAACAGCAAACAAAAAAAGAAUGGCUGGGGUCCGCUUACAUCAAAUUUGCUUUUGAUAUCAAUGGAAGGUAAUGUUACACCAUGCCAUUAUGAUGAGCAGCAGAACUUCUUUGCCCAGAUCAAAGGCUAUAAGCGAUGUAUUUUAUUUCCACCUGAACAAUUUGAAUGUUUUUAUCCAUACCCAGUGUACCAUCCUCAUGAUCGUCAAAGUCAGGUUGAUUUUGAACGGCCAGACUACAGUAGAUACCCAAAGCUUCGAGAAGCUCAUGGCCAGGAAGCAGUUCUGGGUCCUGGAGAUGUUUUGUACAUACCUAUAUACUGGUGGCAUCACGUAGAAUCCUUGAUGCGUGGUGGUUACACAGUUUCAGUUAAUUUUUGGUUUAAGGCUGGUCCAACGGGCCAAAUAACAUACCCAUUGAAGGGCCACCAGAAAGUGGCAGUGAUGCGUAAUGUAGAGAAGAUGUUGAUUGAAGCAUUGCAAAACACGCAAGAAGUUGGCCCACUUCUCAGAGCACUGGUCCUGGGCCGAUACACAGACUGAUGAUACUGUGAUUAUUUUUGUACUACUUGUAAGAUAGCUGUAAUCAUUUUCCUUGUCACAGUCAUGUAGUAAAGAGCUGUAAAAGUUCUAAAACUGCUGCCAUUCAUGUACUCCUUGAAGCCAUAAAGCAGUUUUGCUUUGGUUUGAUAUGGGUUGCUUUCAUGCCUUCAGUGAUGCUCCUUAAGGUAUGUUCACUUGGCAGAUCCAUUUAUUAUUUGUGUAAUAAAGUGCUGUUGCAUUACAAGAUUGUAGUGCAUCUUGCUUUUGCUACAGGGACUUUAUAUUCAUUGCUGUAAUUAACAUAAUUCACUCAUUGUCAUAUUUUAAAGCCACUUGUGAUUUGUUUUUAUAUGUGAUCCUUGACUGUCGUUUAAGUUUACAGGGAAAUGGAAAAUGUGUCAUUAGUUACCAAAAGUUAACCAUUUUUUUUUUUAAAUUUUAAAAUUACUGCAUUAAAUGCAAAAUGUUAUAUGGAAUGUGAUAGUUUAUUUCUUUCAUAUUGAGCAAGGAUUGAUGUAUUCUAUUAAUUGAAAUUUCAUGAAGUACCAAUAAUUGUGCAGUUGCUAGUGGCAUGCUGGGACUUUUGAAAAGUAUAAUUUUGUAAUUGUUUUUUUUUGUACACGUUGUUGACAUGUCCAGUUUAGAACAGAAGCAGUUUUACAUUAAUACUAUUUUAUUGCACUAGACUGUAUCAGCAAGUAAUAGCUCAAAAUUUUAACACUUCUUUGUGGAGGAAAGCAAUUUUAAAAAUAUAGUUCAUGUUUUUAUGUUCUGUCACUUAGACUAAACCUAUUUCGCUGUGUUUAGUUGGUAUGUAUUACUAUUCCACAAUUUUUACUGUGCAAAAAAUAGUGACAAAUAAGGAAUACUUCCAAAUGUAAUCAUUGGAGGAUCCAUAAUUACGUGAGAAAUGAGAUCCUGCAGUUUAGUUGAGUGGCUCAUAGAAGCAGUUGGACUCUUUUUACAUGUAUAUAUGUAAUCCGCAGUCCACCUUGCUGCAUGUAAAAGUGCGUGUAUCAUUAUCCAUCUUCCACCCCUCACCUAAAUUUUUGUGAGAUGUGUGGGAAGAGCAUGCAUCCUCAGAAUGCUAACAAUUUACAGUGGAUUUCCAAAAGUGGCAAAUAUCUGUCAGACACAGGUGCUCUCUUUCAUACAACUGAGAAAGAAGUUGAGCUGUUUGUUAGUAUGUGUGCUUUCUCAAAAUGCCAUGUCUCUUGUUAGGCCAGUUCAUCCACUAGGUGCAUUAAGAAACCUUCAUUUCCUCAGAUCGUCUACUCAGUAAAAGGACAGAAUUGUAAACACAGCAACCAUACAAAAACUUAGUGACGGCAAGCUAGUGCUUGUACGAGCAAUAGUGCACAAAAAAAUAUGAAAUACACAUGUAAAAUAUAUAUUCUGUGAAAGACUUGUUGAAAUUGCUUACUAAUAUAGUCUACACUUAGUGGAGGGGGGGGGGGUUUAUGGAGUAUGCCAUCAGUAAUUGUACCUGGAUGUACUGUAAAAAUAAAUUGUAAGCCUGAUUGCGAUUAAGUGUUGUGCAAUAAAAUACAUGUUAUCUUCAUUUAUUUUAUUUUUUAUUUUAUUUUUUUUUUUCGUACCGGUAAACUUAAAAUAUGCCAAAGCAUUUCUGUCUAUAAAUUCAUAAAAUGUAUUUGAGAUGUCUCUUUUUUUAUAAUAGGAUAAUUUUAAUAAGCUCAGCUGCUACCUGAAAUAAUUUUAUUGUAUUUCCACCUGUUAAAUUGGUGUAAGAUCAGAAGACUACCAACCUUUAUUGUGUAUGGUUUGUACUGAGGACCAUUAAACCCUGAAUAUAACACAAAAUAUAGUGUGUGACCGAUGGCAAAUGAAUUUUGAAAUGAGUGUUUCUCAAUUGGUGUUUAAUAAAGCAAUUUUAUUACAUAAAAAUGCAGAAUUACAUAACAUUUGUAAUGAGAUGACAAUUGUGAAGUGUGUGGGGUUGUGCUCUAUAAUGUUUGAAACAAGCAGUGUAUGUUGAGUAGGCUAUCUUUUCAUUUAUGGUCACAAAGUGUUGAGCAUCUGACUGUAAUAUUCAGCGGUGACUGUCAAGGUAGUGCUGUUCUCAUUUGCAAUAAAAUAUGGGCUAAUGCUGACAGUUGCAUAUCACAUUGUUAAAUGUUCAGAAUGGAAAUAUUUUCUGUGUAUUUUAAAAGGAUUCUCUUAGUCUUAGUAACAGAAAUUCUGAAACUUCCUGGCAGAUUAAAACUGUGUGACGGACCGAGACUCGAACUCGGGACCUGUUCGUGGGUAAGUGUUCUUGCUCGCGAAAGGCAAAGGUCCCGAGUUCGAGUCUCGGUCUGGUAUACAGUUUUAAUCUACCAGGAAGUUUCAUAUCAAUGUACACUCUGCUGCAGAGUAAAUCUCAUUCUGGGAACAGAAAUUCUGUUUAACAUUUCCUCUCAAAUGGAAAUGAGUUUUAUUACCAUUGAUGAUUAAUGCUUUUCCAUUUCCUUCAAGCAGCACUUGCAUUUGAGACAAAGUUCUCCCAUUACCACAAUUUGAUCUUACGAAUAGCACACAGUUCGUAUGGUUGAAACUCUUUAAUCCUUUCACAAUGUGCACACCGAUUCCAAAGUUCAAUUCACGUGGGUAUGCAGAUCACCUUUAUCUCUAAAGCAACACAUCUUCACCUCUUAAUGUUUUCCAGGGCCCUUAACUUUAAUUGAAAUGUGACUUCUUUUCUGGCUUACUCGCUGUCAUUUACACUCUGAACCCACCUGAGGCAUGAAUUGCUGCUGGGAACAGUAUAGCAGCAUCCAAGGUUGAAAUGAAAGCACAAAAGAUGCUGAGCUACAUUGACAGUCUAACCGUUUUGCAAGGAUUCAUUAUUUGCAAAAAGUGGCACCCUACUGCCCACAGCUGCUGGUUCUCCUGUCCUAUCCUACCUAUCCAGGUGCUGAGAUUUAAGAAAGUGAAGGUAUCUAUAUCAGAAAUAUCUGUGCUCUGUGAUUAGAGUUUAGGGUUGCUCCUACUUGUGCUUCUGGAGAGAGGAAGUGUGACUCGGUUACUGUCCUGAUGUUUGCACCGUGUAUUAGCAACAGAAUAGUUUCUAAUUCCAUUUCUUACACUGUGCAAUGCAAAGUUAAUCUUUGGAGAUGUGUAUGUUAGUAAACUGCACAACAUUUAUAAAUUUAGACAAUAUUGUUCAUGAGGCACAGCGAUCUGGUGCUAUACUUUGGUUAAAACAACAGUUGAGAUUGCAAUAACAUUUGUUUAUUAUGAGUGGUUUCAGCUUACAUUAAAGCCAUCCUCAGAUUUUUUUUGGGUCCCCUAUGGCUGGUACUGUCCGCUCUACAGGUUUUCAUAUGAUGCCAAGAUCAUACACUGCCCAAUCGUCUAUGAUACUGGUAUCACGCGAAAAGCCGAGUAGCCGUCAGCACCAACCGUAGGGGGCCCAAAAAACUCUGAGGAUGGCUUUAACAUAAACCGAAAGCAAAUGUUAUUGCGAUCUCAACUGUUGUUUUAACCAAAAUCCACAAUGUUUAUCUUUUGCAAAAGUAAUUCUAAGUUGUUUCUCUGCAAUUGUUAAUUUUAUUUGUUGUAGAAUGUGAAUCAGCAGUACUUGAGCACAACAUUUUUUAUUUACCAUUUCUUUUCAUUGUUCAUUAAUUUGGUUUAAAUAAACUUUACUUUCAGAUAGCAAGUUGUACAUGGUAGACAUUUUUACACAUUUACUCAGCAGUAUUUUUCUGGUUGUUAAGUGUUAGUGUCUUCAUCAAAUAUUUUGCUGCACCUGUAUAGUGUUAAGAUGGUAUGAAAAUGAAGCUUGGUUCUUCAAACUUAUGGGAGAGGUUUCUCUUCUGCUGCUCAGUUUUGACAUUAUUUAUCCCUUUUGAUUUGACAUAAAACUAACAUGCCUGUUUGUCAGCAGGUAACUUCGAGUGAAUUUCUAAAACUGUAUUCAUGUAUAAAUGGUAUAUACAGAUGCUAAUAUAUUUUGCCUUAUUAUUUUUUUAUUUGUGUAUUUAAGAUUUGUGGGUUACUUAAAGGAACUUCAUAUGUAUGUUCUUUAGUUCUGUGGGUAGUAACUUCAAUGUUUAAAACUUCAUGGCUCUGGUUAUCUGUUUGGCUGAGUGGCUGUUGUACUGAGUAUACUGAAUAUUAAUUUUGGAGUGUGAGCAAGUGUAAAUAUACAAAUGCUGUUUUGUGUGUUUGUAGUGGUUCAUUGAUACAGUAUUACAGUAGUAAUUGAUAGCUGUGAUUAAAUUCAUAUGCUUGUGGAGUGAGGAUUUCAGUAAUGGUGGGGGUAUGACAUAUUAUUUCAGACAUAUCAGAUAACAGUGAAAAUAUUACAGUCUGAAGAAGUAAUACUGUUUAAAUGAAUGUGACUAAAUAGUGUAUGUAUCAUAACAUAAACAAUUGUUGGCUAUAUACCAUGUAGUUGCACUAAUGUUAAGAGUUACAGCAUAUUAAAAGUUGCUGAAUGUGGGCCAAUUUGUUUACAAGAUAUUUAAGUGUAACUUAAUUUAAAUUGCUGCUCUUUGAAUUUAGCCCAUAAACAUAUUAUAUCCACUUAAAAUUUGUGGGAAAAUAAUAAUACAUGGUACCUGUCAUAAAUUACCUUGUUUUAAGUCAUACUAUUGUGUCUGAAAAUGCAGAAAAUGUAAAAACAUUAAAUUUAAAAUGUGUGUACACUGUAAUAUAAUGGUCGCUGGUUUGUCAUUUGUAUGGCAAAUUCUUGUGUUCAUGGAUAAUAUGAUGUACAUACCUUUUUAGAUUAUUAUUUAUCUCCAGUUGUUGCUCCUAUUGUUGCCAGUCUUGUAUAAUGACCAAAGGAAUAUUAACUAAAAGGUAUGAGUAUUGGUAAAUGCUACAUUCGUAUCCAUUGAAAGCAGAGUCCAUAACAGAAGUGCAAUAGUCUCAUAAGAAAUGGUUGAUCGUAUUGUUUGUUUCGGCAGUAGUUUUCUGCUGGAUAAAUUUCCAUUUCAUACACAACACAAACUGUAGUUACCUUCUCAUUUUAACAGAUGUGCAUUAUGUCUGCUACUCAUUUGUAUAUAUAAGGUGUAAAUAUUUUUGCCCAAGAUGUGAUAAAUUAUUUUUUAAAUUCUAAGCAGCAUAUUGAUUUGUUUAAGGCUGUAAGAUAUAUGUGUGUAUUUCAUGGAAGGUUAAGAAUGCUUCUGUGAUUGUAAAUGUCAUGUUGUCAUGUAGAAAUCUACUUAAUAAAUAAUGGUCUCUGUGAAGUAACAUGUUAAUGAUAUCAUGUGAUCUUUUAAAAGUAUUUCCUAUCUUCGGCAGUGAAUGUAACUCAUUGUUACAUGGAAAUAAAGUUAAA